AUGCUCCGUCUGCGACUGGUGAGAAACUUCACGUCCAAGGCCGGUCGGAUCUCGUCGACCGGCACUGCUAACGUGUUCCGUAACGAACCAAAACCCGCCAAUCUCCAAAAAUCCGCCCGCGAUGAAGCUGGAUUCUCGUCCUCAGACUCUGCUCCCUCGUUGCUACAGUACCUCAAAGACCGGAACUUGGUUGCCAAUGUGACCGAGGACUCGCUUGAGCAGCAACUACAGCAGAAAUUCACAUCCUUCUACCUUGGCAUUGACCCCUCGGGCCCCUCCAUGCACCUGGGGCACAUGGUGCCCGUCAUGAUCAUGCUGCAUCUCUUCCUCCGAGGCCACUACGCCUUUGCUCUGGUCGGAGGAGCUACCGGAGCUGUGGGAGAUCCCACUGGAAAGACUGAGGAGCGAAAGACGGUUGUGAAGGAUACUCUGCAAUAUAACCUCGACGCCCUGGCCACCUCCCUUGAGCGAACCUUUUUGCAUGCUGUUGCCGCUGCAAAGAAGGAAGGCGUCUAUUACGGCGACCAGAUCAAGCUGCAAUACGCAAUUGUCAAUAACCACGACUGGUGGAAGAAUGUCGGCUUCCUCGAGUUUCUGGCCUCCUAUGGACGACUCAUCCGUGUCAAUCAAAUGAUGGCCAGAGACUCCGUCAAAGACAGACUCAACUCGGCCACCGGCAUUGGCUAUAACGAGUUCUCCUACCAGAUUCUGCAAGCCUUUGAUUUCUGGCACCUGUUCGAGACCCAGGGGUGCUCUCUUCAACUCGGUGGAGGAGACCAGUGGGGAAACAUCACUGCUGGGGUUGAUCUGACUAAGCGAGCUGCUGCCGUCAACAACCUUAAGGAAACUCCCUACGGAAUCACUACUCAGCUCAUGCUGUCCAAGAGCGGAAAGAAGCUGGGGAAGUCGGAAAACAAUGCCACCAUCUGGCUCAACCCCGAGAUGACCCGUCCUUUUGAGUUGUACCAGUACCUGCUCAAGACUGCGGAUGAGGAUGUGGAGCAGUAUCUUAAAAUGUUUACUUUCGUGUCGCUGGAAGACAUUGCUACCAUCAUGAGACAGCAUGCGGAGAACGAGUCUCUGCGAUAUGCCCAGCGAGUACUAGCCGACAAAUUCACAGCCCUUAUCCACGGAGAUACUGUUGUUGGGCGAUGCCAGGUCAUCACCCGAAUCAUGUUUGCUAAGUCGUCUCUGGAGCUCAACCAACAACCAAAGCCCGCUGCUCUUACUAACUCCGAGUCUUUGAAACAAGUUCUUGCCGAGGAGGGACUGCUCAAGCCUCUUGACAAGUCUACAGACUACACCACUCUGGUAUCUACACACUUCAACAUGUCCAAGAGUGCAGCGAAGAAGCUUAUCUCCAACAAGGGUGUUUCUGUGGGUCUUGAGGGUGCUCAGAAGGUUGAGAUCGGACCUAUUCUUGAAAAACACAAGGACAUGGGUGACUUCUUGAUUGUCCGAGUCGGCAAGCUUGUUCAACCAUUCUACCUUGGAUCUGACCCUGUGGAGACUAUUCCCUCUGCUGUCGGCAUUUCUGACUCUUAUGAGGUUCACACCGAGGACAUUGAUGUCACUCGAAAGUAG